UAUCUUUGCGCAUGCGUUCCGGUUACGUGUUGCGCGGUCACAGUCGGAACCAAUAUGGUGGUAUUUGAUUCUGUCGGAGAUGACGUAAAGCCGCACAGAAAUACGUUGUGUCCUAGGUAACCAGUACCUUCACUACCUGAAAAAAUGGAUGUUCAAGAACGAAGUGUGCAGAGCUGCGGAGAGAACAUUGUAGAAAUGGCUGACAUGGAAGACGAAACAUUUGCCAUUUCCAGUUCCUCUGCUGCAGACACUGCGUUCGACUCUGUAAUUGGAUGCAUAGAGGACAUCAUCAUGGAGGAGGAGUUCCAGCAGCUGCAGAGGAGCUUCAUGGAGAAACACUACCUGGAGUUUGAUAACACUGAAGAGAACAAACUCAGCUACACGCCCAUCUUCAAUAACUAUGUAGAACUGUUGGAGAAAUACGUGGAGCAGCAGCUGAUCAGGCGGAUCCCUGGCUUCAACAUGAGCACCUUCAUAGAGCUUCUCAUGCAGCACAAAGAGGAGGUGUCAGGUGACAUAGUGGACGUACUGCUGUCUUUUAUUGACUUCAUGGCCUUCAAGGAGAUGGUGCUGCAAUACAAAGUGGAGAAGGAAGGACGAAGUCUGGACCUUAGCCAAGGCCUGGUGAUCACACCUUUGACCCCUGCAAGCUCCAACUACUCUGGAUGCAAUCAGUCACAGUGACAAACACACACACACGCACAAUCAAUAGACACAAGUACGCCUCAUUUGAUCAAUACCGUUGUUGUUGAUUGAAGUAGUCAUCAUCCAGUCUGGCAGACAAGACAACCACUGACACUGAUGGACAAUUUCCAAUCUGCAGUUAACCUCAACAUACAUGCUUUUGGAUUGUACCACGCACACAAGCACAGGGAGAGCAUGCGAACCCACACACGGAAACGUUUCUUGCCGAUGCAUUGCCGUCUAGAUCUCGAUUUGGAUGGACAAUGCAUGCGACAGUAGCCUCAUUGUGUCAUCACACUCAUCUUAAUUCACCAGUGACUUCAGCAGGGCUCUUUGGGGAGUACAAACUCACUACUUUUAUUACUAAGACUUUUGUUGGGUUGCACACAUAUAUAAAAUUAGAAAAAAACAACUUUAGAUGUAAUAUUCAGUUAGCCUAAAUGUUUGGACUUUGUGACUAAACAAGACAUUUUUCUAAUUGUUUGGAGUGAGUGUUGUGCCCGUGAUAGUGAUUUUUUUUAAAUGUGUAAAUAGUGAAUUGUAUAGUGUAUAUUUGUCAAUAAUGAAACAUUGUGUACUGUUGUCCAGUUAUUUUCUAAUAAACAGGUGAAAGCCUGAAAUCCCCCCCAGUACUUUUAUUAGUUUUGUUUUAUUAAGCCCCUUUCUCUACCCUGGAAU